GCCGCUCCUUCGACUUCAUCCUCAUCAUCUACGGAUGUGCGGUCAAUCGAUGCUCGAACUGCAUCGCGCGCCAAUCCGUUCGAGGAUGGCGCCACUCGCCCUCCCUCACCCAUCGAUCUCGAUGAAGAUAUACCCAAUGCUAGCUUCUCGGCGCAUGUAAUUGAGAUGCUCAAACCGCUGCCGCUUGCUCAGCCAAGGAGGGAGCAGGCCAUUCAGCAGAGGGCUGCGCGACUUCAUGUCAUUGCGAGGGCUACGGCCAAUCAAUCAAGUACAGCUCCACCCCCGCCGCAGGGUCAAGUGCUGCGCUUGAUCAUCGCCCUCCUCGCCCAAGGCGCCGCAGAGGGUCAGGAGAGUGCGAGCGAUCAGCACGAUGUCCUACCGGACGCCAUCCGCGAAGCAGCUCUCGACGCCCUCAACGAGUCCAUCCGCCUUUCCGACUCGUACUCGAACGAUGCACAGCUCGCCAUCAUAGAGACGAGGAGCGGCGCGCCUGGCUCGCAAUCCUCCAAGUCGCUGGACAGCGAGCAGCCCUUGGCCACCAUCGAUCGCGCCCUCCUCUACCGCCUCGUCACCUAUGACGCGCGUGGACCCAUCACUGCUGCUCUUCCACCUGCUCAGCCUACUCUGCAAAAUCCCUCCAGCACUGCUCUGCCCUGCCUGCACGCCAAGCUGCGCGCCCUUGAGAGUCUGUCCAAAGGUGGGCGCGAAGUGGUAGCAUUCGAUGAUAUUGUCCACCUCCUCAGCGGCUGGCUCAGCAUUGUGUGGGUCGAAGUCCAGUUGCUCCGCAAGAUGGCAAAGAUACUCGACAAUCCCCAAUCAUCGGGCGGCGUCGAUCACCAUGCCUUUGUCCAAGAGCUCUCAGCUCGAGAGUGGUCACUGCAGGCAAUCCUACACCUCUUGACGUCCAUCAUCAUGUUCUCCUUCGCCAAGAUCCACCAAGAUCACAUCGAGGAAGCUUUGACCACCGUCGCGAAGCUCUUCGUCUCCCCAACGAUCGACAGCGGUCUCGAAGAGCCAAUUGCAGCAUCCACUGCUCGACGGGGCAGCUUGCCCAACUUGCUCGUCUCGACGAAGAUGGCUCUUGCCCCCUCAUCGUCGCGUUCACGGUCGCGACAACGCCAGCCUUCAAUGGAGGGCUACUCGUACUUUGGGCUCGAGAACACAACGCCAGAUACAGGGACGAGCACAAACAACUCGCCAUCGAUGACGCCGCGCCUCGCACCGCGUACAGACAAGUCGGCCGUAGCUCCUAUCUCUCUGGCCACCGUCCCACCCCACGCCGGUGGCAACAAUGGCAACGGCAACCGGGGCCGCUCUCGCCCGGAUGACUCCUCAAGCCCCGUCCCACCUCCGCAGCCACAUCCUAUCGCAAGCUUCUCCGAGCUGCACGACAUCGAAGUGCGCUGCGUCCUCAAACUCCUAGACGCGGCCCUCAAGUUCGGUCUCGUACCUCUAGGGUCGAUCGCAAGCAUCAGCGAGAUGCUCUGCCGCAUCAUCGGCUUUGAGCCAGUCUCUGCCGUCUUGUCCUCGCCGAAUGGGAUCAGCUCACUCGCCAACACCUUGUCAUUAGCCACGCUGACACCCUGGCAGGAGGCGGCUAUCCCGGUUAUGGCGAAUUUGCUGAGGAGUCAUUCGGCCAAUGCGUGCAUUCAGGUUGUCAGGACGUUGUUGACCGACCCCGCUGCGGCAAGCGUAGAGGACGAAAGCACCCUCGUUGGGGCGGUGCUAUUUUUGCGAUUUGCGCUCCUUGUUGUAGCCAGGGAGACGGCUGCCAACUCGACGCAGCCAUCGGCGGCGUCCACGAGUGGCGGCUCGGCGGCCAGCAAAGAGAACGCUUUGGCUCCUCGCCUAUCGCUCUCUCUCAUACUCCCCGCGUUGCGAGGCGCCCUGGAUCGUCACUCGGACCUUGUGGAUCUGCAAGUCAUCUCGCUCGUCGAAGCCCUCCUCGUGCCGGGCCCCGAAGCUUCGACUUCGCUCGUGCCGGGAGGUAUACUUCCGCCAGAGGACUGGGACGAGCUGCUCGCCCUCGCUCUCGGCGCUAAACGCCACACUGAGGCCACCUUCUCCCCAACACGAGUGCCGCCAGUGCUGCACGCCCUCAUCCACCUUCUCAGCCGUGUACCUCUCGCCCCUGCCGAGCAACUCGGCCCUUCUCCAGCAGGCAGCGAGCCGCGUCUCCCCUGGACGCCGCGUCUGUGCUCUCUGAUGCUUGCUCUGGCUCCCGCUCUGCCCUCGAAGCUGAGCCAUGCGCUCCUCACCUACUACCGCGCCCACCUGCUCUGCAUGCCCGGUACGCCAGGGUGGAUAGAUAACAUCCACCGCCUACUCACCGCCUUUGGUGGACCGACGACGCGCACCGAGGUACGCCACGCUGUGAUGGCGCUGGUGUACGACGAAGUCUACGAGUGUGUCGUCUCCUUCCCGCAUCAUCGCACCACUCUGCUGCGCCAAGUCAUCCUACCGGCCGCAAAGGCGAGCCUAGCAGACGAAAAGGACGUCGAAGUGGCAGGAAAGAUGCGCAAAGUUCUCGUCCAAGCGGCCGCCCUCAGCAGCGUAGGCAACGACUCUUCAUCCUCCGCCGAGCCCAGCACAUUCGAUGUCGUUCGCGAGCUACUCUGUCGCCUGGCCAGGGACCACCUAGCCGGUACAGGCGCCUCUCACGUCCACUUUGCCACCCCGGCCGGCUCGCAUGAGCAUCGACCCGCCGCCACUACGACGGCAGCAAACGCCGAAGGGUCCACCUCCCGCACGCCUGCCCCGCCAGCUAAGGCAACCAGCUUCGCACUCGACUUGAUCUCCCUCUUCAAUCUGAUCGCCUUCGCGUCUCCCUGGAUCGACUACGACGAUGCCGGGCCGGCGGAGCAUCGUGGCAUCCAAGAGAAGCGGGCGCGCGAUGCUUGCUUGGUUCUCUUUCGGGACCUGAUGGGGCUCCUCCAGCCUGGAGGGGAGACGGUCAGCACGACGAAGCUGGUGGUGUUGCAGUGGUUCUUGCGUAUCAGGACCGAUAGGCAUCAUCGUGUCUUCCUAGCCGAAAAUCUCGACGAUCUAGUCGCGCCCGCGGCAGCUACGCUGCUCAAGACGAGCGAGUCGAGGGCGGCUGCUGCGGCUGCGGCUGAGGCUUCGGCGGCUGCUGCUAGCUCGCGGUCGGAGCGUGAGGCCAGGAGGGCAACGACUGCUGCUGCUAAUGCUGCUAGUGAGGCGAAGCGAUCCAAGUCCCGGGCGAGAGACCCGUCCAUGGAGCGUGGGAGGGCGGCAGAUCGCAGCAAUGAUGGAUCACGCAGGAACGGCGCUGAUCGCAGUGCGAGCGCAUCGCGAGGACGACAGCCUGCCGCUCAGCAAGCAAAGGAGCAGCAACAACAGCAGCAGAAGGAGCAGCCACCGCCAGCGUCUGCGCGUAGUCCUUCGCUCUGGCAGAUACCAGAGGUCUUGGCUUUUGAGAUGCCAGAAUCGAGCCUGCGCAGCGAUAUCGUCUACACUUACAUUCACGACGAUGACCCGACGUGCUCGCACACGCACAUCAAGGGGCCGGACGAUGCGCAUCCUGCCCCGCUACCCGUCUCUGCGCUGCUGGCAUUGUACAUCAAGAUAAUACAGGUGGAGCGAGAUUGGGAAAUCGUCUCCUACCUCAUCUGUUUCCUGCCGCACCAGCUAGCAAACAAGCACCUCUUCUGCGGCCCUAAAGCGCAGGAUCAGAUCCUUGUGCUCCGUCAACACCUCUGCUCGUCCAUCGACCAACAGAAGCUUAUGCCAGACCUCGUUCUGCCAGAAGACGUCAAACGAUCAGACGUCUACGCCGUCAGCUACGGCACCCUCACCACUCUCCUCUCGUACCGCGCCCUCUUCUCGCGCUCUCACCAAGAGGAGAUGGUCGACUCCUUCGUCUCUGGCCUCAACAAGUCUCAGAACACGGCCCUGCCCUGCGUGCGCGCCUUAUCCGUCGCUGUCUACGAGGCGCAGAAGAGCGUAACGCGCCUCCUUCCCAAGAUCCUCGUCAAGCUCUCGACGAUCAUGUCCUCCAUGACCAUGAGCGUGCACAUCCUCGAGCUCAUCGCCUCCAUCGGACAGAUCCCCGCCUGCUACGCAAAUUUCACCGAGCAGGAGUAUCGCCGCGUCUUUGGGAUUGCGCUCCAGUACAUCCAGUAUCACCAGUCACCCGUCACGAGCGGCCGCGAAGACUUCCGGUCGAGCCCGGCACUCUUCGCCCUCUCGCAGUACGUGAUGAUGCUCGCGUACUAUAACAUCUCGCUGUGGUUCAUGACGCUUAGAUUGAGCGAUAGGGCCAAGCAUGUGCCUGCGAUUACGAGGGGACUGCUGCUUGCGGCGAGCGAAGGCGGCAACGAUGGGGGCGGGAUGCCGGACAACAGCGAGGUCUGCUUCGACUUCUUGGCCAGGUUCACGCACUCCAACAUUGGGCCGAAGCCGACUAGGUCGUUCCUCAAUUCGGUCGUAUUGGGGUCGAAGGCUGCGGCAGGGGCAGGUUCAUUGUCCAAGGACGCGAGAGCUAGCAAGACGUGGUUGCUGGGCAAGGGCCUCAUCACCAUCUCUACGCUUCGUCGUGAAGGCUGGGUGGAAAUCGUAAUCCGUCGCGCCUCAGGGACGACCGCCCUUCUCUGCAAGCUGGAAAACGGCACGAGCGGAAGCAACGAGCUUGACGACGAAGACGGCGGGUCCGAUCGUGUUGCUGCGCUCAUGAUGGAUCGCGAUCCUUCUCGCGUGGGCAAGUCUGUUCUGCGUGCCCCGGACGUGUUGGCGAGGGCGGCGCCUUUUGAUCUGGCGAGACGACAUGCGGAUGAGGAUGGUGAGGAGAGUAGUGGUGACGAGGGAGAAGAGGGAGACCCUGCAAAGCGUUCAUUGGAGCAAGAGGCGAAACGCAUGCUGAGAGCCGGGGAGAGAUUGCGUAGACGUCAGCCCUUGGGACCGGGUCACUUCGGGCUUGCAGUCGACGGCAGUGGGCCAAGAGGGCAACGGCGUAGGGGCGCCUCCUUCUCCGGAGCCAUCUCGAGCGAUGCGCCUGCGACGGCGUCCACCUCGGCAGCUGCGCAUUCGAACGAUAGCGAUCCGUACCGACUGCAGCAGCCGACUUCGGACGGCGAUCAAGCUAGCGACACAGACAAGGACACUCGCACUCACACUGGGGACGACGCGGUCAGCGCAGCUCACGAAGAGCGUAUCUCGGCCCGCGAGUUCUCCAUCGACCCAAGCACCGUAGCACUCCAACUCUCUUCCUACCCAGACAUCUCCUCUUCGACGCCGCCCUUGCUCCUACCAGACGAACCUGCAACGCAUCGCCUGAUCAAAGCCAUCGACCUAACGCCCGUCGUCGACCUGCACAAGAUCGGCUGCGUCUAUGUCGGUCCAGGCCAAUCGACCGAACGCGAGAUCUUGGGCAACAGGCAAGGCUCCCCCGCCUACGCACGCUUCAUGGCCGGGUUAGGCGAUCUCGUCACGCUGAAAGGGCAAGAGGACGUGUACACAGGCGGACUGGAUAGGGAGAAUGAUUUCCACGGGAAAUACGCCUAUGCCUGGAGUGACGAUAUCUCGCAGAUCGUAUUCCACGCGGCGACUAUGAUGCCUGAUAGGAGCGGGGAGGGGGAUGUGAAUCACAGUCACAAGAAGGCUCUCAUAGGCAACGACUGGGUACACAUCGUCUUCAACGAGUCCGGUCGCGAGGAGUACGCCUUUGGGACCAUCCCUUCGCAGUUCAACUACGUCAACAUUGUCGUCUCCCCCAACACUCGUGGCGGGGUAUCCCUAGGAUCCGUCGGUCCAAUCGAUACGAGCUACUACCUCGUCUCUCUACAACGUCGUCCGGGCCUCCCGCCCUUCUCCCCUGUAGGCGAUAAUGGUGUGCUCGUCUCUGCGGGUAAUCUCCCGCUCUUGGUGCGCAGCCUCGCGCUGAAUGCCAACGUCAUGUGUCAGAUCGUCAACGAUACGGGCGGGGAGGCGAUGCGGGCCUACAAGAGUAAUUGGUGCGUGAGGUUGAACCAUGUAACUCGGUUCAGG